AUGACUAUUGAAGCCAAAAAUGUUACUAUCGGUGUGCUUGCGCUACAGGGGGCGUUUGCGGAGCACGUUGAGCACUUGAAACAGGCGGCGUUGACGCUCCAGAAACACUCCAUGGGGGAAAAUGGGAGCAUUAGAGGAGCGUCAAUUCGCGUGAUUGAAGUGCGAACUGCCGAAGAGUUAUCUAUUUGUGAGGGGCUUGUUAUUCCUGGGGGUGAGAGUACAGCCAUCUCGCUUGUUGCAGAACGCACAGGGAUGCUAGAGCCACUACGUGCCUAUGUGCACGAACUUGUUCAUCAAGGACAACCGGGAGAAGAAAGAGUUUUGAGUCAGGGCCGGGCCGUGUGGGGGACAUGUGCCGGGCUCAUUUUAGUUGCUAGCGAGGCUGGCGGGUGUCCUGCUAGAGGUCAAGAAAUCCUUGGAGGAUUAGAUGUGAAAGUUUCUCGAAACCAUUUUGGAAGUCAGUUAGACUCGUUUAUUGCACCACUUGAGAUGCCUAUUUUAAAAGAACUUGGGUCAGAGAAUGGAGCUCCAUUUGAAGGUGUUUUUAUUAGAGCACCUGUUGUUGAUGCUGUCAACAUUUCUACGGCCAAACCUACAUUGUUUGGACUUGGAGAGAAAAAGAAAGCUAUUGAAAGAGACAUUGAGAAGAGUUUGGUUGUUCAGGCGCCCAACCCAAGCGCUGAGUGGGUGGAAUUUGUUGCAAACAAUCCUGUUGAAGUAUUGACAACGCUGGAGCGAGCCGGGGGAGAGCUGUGCGUUGCAGUGCGCCAGGGCCGAACUCUAGGGACAAGUUUCCAUCCAGAGUUGACUUCUGACUCUAGACUUCAUCAAUGGUGGAUUCAAAAGUGCGUUUUACAAGCCUAA